AUGGUGUCCGCAUUUUUCCUCGCGGCCUCGGCCCUCGUUACCCUUGCCCAUGCGCAGACCAUCGAGACCUCCAGCGCAUCUUCGGUAGCUGCCUCCACAACAGUUUCCCAAGUCAUGCCUCCCAGCGCCACUCAGGCCUUCAAUCCUGCCGGCAUUGACUCGACCACUGCAUUCAACUGGUGUCAUGCUCAACUGAACACUUGCCCUCAAAUCUGUGGAGGUUCCGCUUCUCAGAACAAGUGUGACCAGACCGCCUUUACCUACACUUGUGUUUGUGCGAAUGGUACGGUGCCGGACUGCACUGCGUUCACCGAGACUCUACCAUUCUACAUCUGUCAAGAAACCUACAUCCAAUGCAUCAACAGCCAUCCCAACGACGCUCAAGCCCAAUCAGUGUGUGCGCAGAACGAGCAAUGUGGUACUCGCAACGCUACCUCUGAGGCCCUGUCCGCGUCAUCUGCUGCUGCUACGACUUCUGCGGCGGCUACCACAAGUGCAGCAGCAUCCUCCACCAUCGCCAGCGCUGCCAGCUCCUCUGUGGCGAGCGCCGCUCCCACUCAGAGCCAAAAGGGAGACGCUGCGGUGGGCUUCCCUCAGAAAGUUGCCACUGGCGCGUUCGCCGCCCUCUUGAUGGCCGCAUUCAAGCUCUUUCUCUGA